UAUUCACCUCCAAACGAGGCCUUAGCACACUGGUAUACUUCCGAAGAAGCGGGAUCAGCAAGCUUCGGCAAUGGAGAGGACCCGGCGUCCACGGCCACGUCAACCUCCAAACCUUUCUUCUUCUUCUUUAUCUUCGACGCAUUCGCGGUCACAGAAAUUCACCACCAAUCCCACCAAAAGUGUCAAAUCUCUAGACACCGAUCUCGAUGCCCCUGAUCGUUUUAAAGCCGGACGAGGCGCACAAGCAGAAGGAGACGUUGAUGACUCUCACAGUCUUCCCACCCUAGUUGGUACUUGCCCCUUAAUGUGCCCAGAGGGUGAAAGAGCUCAGCGUGAGCGGCUGCGAGAUUUAGCUGUAUUUGAGAGGCUGAAUGGAAAUCCUAGAAAAACAUCUCCUGGCCUUGCUGUCAAAAAGUUUUGCAGAACUAUAUCCAUCAGAGAUGUGCAGUUGUCAGAUGUACGGCCUCUUCCAGUAUUGGAAGACACGUUAGACUACCUGUUAAGCUUGUUGGAUUCUACAGAAUAUUCUUUUGAAGUGGUUCAUGACUUUAUCUUUGAUAGGACAAGGUCAAUAAGACAAGAUCUUAGCAUGCAGAAUAUUAUCAACAAAAAAGCCAUUUACAUGUAUGAGAAAAUGGUUCAAUUUCAUGUCACAUCUUGUCACAAGCUUCAAAGUUGUAGAGACCCAAAUAUUUCUUCUGUUCACUAUCUCAACAUGGAGCAGCUUACAAAGGCGUUGGCAUCUCUAUUUAAUCUGUACGAUGCAAACCGAAAUUAUGAUUCUACUUAUGAGCAUGAAGCUGAGUUCCGUUCAUUUUAUGUGCUUCUUCAUCUUGGUCCUAAUAGCCAACCGAUGGGAGAAUCUCUUUCUUUGUGGUUUCGCCAUGUACCCAUUCCAAUAAUCAAUUCGAAGGAAAUGUGUUUUGCAAGGAAAAUAUUGCGAUUUUUCCGAAUGGGAAAUUAUAUACGUUUUCUUUCAAUUACUGCAUCUGAGGCAUCCCAUCUACAGUACUGCAUCAUUGAGCCGUAUGUCAGCGAGGUACGAGGACUGGCUCUCUCAUGUAUAAAUAAUGGUGGCUACAAGCUUCAUCCGUAUCCAUUGGCACACCUCUCUAAACUCUUGAUGAUGAAGGAAUCAGACUUGAUAUCAUUUUGUAAUGCUUGUGGUCUCGAAACGUGCAUAGAUGAAGUGGGAAAUAAGUUUUUACCCACCAAACAAACAACUUUUUGCUGUCCCAAGGGAGGGUUUCAGAGCUACGGUUUUACAGGUUUGGAAUUUGAGAGGUAAACUUGAAGAGAUAUUUUCUUUCUUUAUGCUUCUUGGGUGAAGCAUAGGUUGGGUAGAGGUUAGCACAGUGAGGAGAAGAAUGAGCCUAACCUGAUGUCAUAUUAACAUUCACUCAUGGCUGGACUGCUAAAUGGUUACUGAUUUUGUAUACUAGUAUGUCCUUUGAACUUGAAUUAUACGAUGUAUUGACUUUAUUGCUUA